UACGUUGCCUACAAGUCUCGCAUGUCGGCACGUGUGUCGUGUGUCCUGACGGUGACUGGCUGACGGUUCAGAAUCCUUGGCGUAUUGAGGGCUGUGUGUCCUUUUGGUGUAUUCUGAGGACAGUGGUGAAAAACAUCAUACACUUUUCUGAUUGUGAAGGAAAAGACUGAAGGACCAUGGGUGAAGAUUUGGAGGGAUGGGAGGCAACAGAUGCUCCCCUUGACGGCUAUGCCUCAGAGGGGGAGGUGGACACUCGGAAACUUAUGGCUAAGAAAAACCGGAAAAACAAGAAGUCUGGAGGCUUUCAGUCCAUGGGUCUGAGUGGGCCUGUGUUACAAGGGGUUUUGAAAAAAGGCUACAAGGUUCCCACUCCAAUCCAGCGUAAGACAGUACCAUUAAUCUUGGAGGGAAAAGAUGUGGUGGCUAUGGCAAGAACAGGAAGUGGAAAAACUGCUUGCUUCCUCAUUCCUCUGUUUGAAAGACUGCAAACCCAUUCAGCCAAGACUGGAGCACGUGCCCUUAUACUUUCACCAACAAGGGAACUUGCUCUCCAGACUUUGAGAUUUACAAAGGAGAUGGGGCGGUUUACUGGUCUGAGGGCGGCAGUGGUGCUUGGUGGGGACAGUCUGGAGGGACAGUUUGCUGCCAUGCACGACAAUCCAGACAUCAUCAUUGCUACUCCUGGACGAUUGAUGCAUGUGUGUGUAGAAAUGAACCUCAAGCUCUCAAGUGUGGAGUAUGUGGUGUAUGAUGAAGCUGACCGGCUCUUUGAGAUGGGCUUUGAGGAACAACUUACAGAGAUCCAGAAGCGACUGCCGAAACACGAAACUCUUCUGUUCUCGGCAACACUUCCAAAGAUGCUAGUGGAGUUUGCUCGAGCUGGCUUGACUGAUCCUGUCCUCAUAAGGCUUGACACUGAGCAUGUACUGUCAGAAAACCUCAAGAUGGGUUUCUUCAAGUGUAACACAGAAGAUAAGCUAGGUCUCCUAUACCAUCUUCUACAACAUAUUAUCAGUGACCAGGAGCAGACAGUGAUCUUUGCUGCAACCAAACACCAUGUAGAGUACUUGCAUUUGGCCCUGGACCUGGCCCACAUUCCCAACACAUACUGCUACUCAUCUCUGGACCCAACUGCAAGGAAGAUCAACAUUGCCAAAUUUCAGACAAAAAAGGUGCGCUGUUUCCUGGUGACAGAUGUUGCUGCUAGAGGGAUUGACAUUCCCAUGCUGGAUAAUGUGAUUAAUUUUAACUUCCCUGCUAAGCCAAAACUCUUUGUGCACAGAGUUGGUAGAGUGGCCCGAGCUGGCAGAAGUGGUGUUGCUUACUCCUUUGUGGCCCCUGAUGAAGCUGCAUACCUGAUGGACCUACACUUGUUUCUCUCUAAAGAUCUGAGAAUAGCACCCCACCCUCCUGACUUGAAUAAAAAGGAGGACUGGAACUACAUGUAUGGCAGUAUCCCUCAAACUAUCCUUGAUGAUGAACUGGAAGAGAUAAUGCAUUUGCACAACACAUCAUUAGAACUGAGAAAGCUAAAAGACAGUAUUGCUGGGGCAUACAAGCAAUACACAAAAUGCCGUCCAGCACCAAGUAGUGAGAGUGUGAAGCGUAUGAAGGAGAAUGAACGACUGUGUGUGAUCGGCUAUCAUCCCUUGCUGGUGGAUGCAGCUUCUGAUACGGAGGAGCAACGGCUGGCCAUGCUCCAUUCCCUUAAAAAUCUUCAGCCCAAAGGAACUGUGUUUGAAAUGAUAAAAAACCGCAAGGAGUCUAAUGUCAUAUCCAUAACAAGCAUGAAGGAAAAACGUGACUUUGAUGGAAGGAGAAUUGAAGCUUUCCAUAAGAACCUUAAGAUGCAACAGGAAGCCAGGCAGGAGAAGGAGAUUAAAGCAAAACAGGCACAAGAGCAAGUGAGAAGAUUGGAGCAAAGCACAGAAGAUGAAGUAAAGAACACCUUUUCCUCUAUUGUUGGACAAAAGAAAAAGACAGAAAGAGGAAAUGAUUCUGUUAGUAACGGUUUGGAGGGUUUGAAAAGAAAAGUAAAUGAAGAUGGUAGUAGCCAGACACCCAGUAAAGCUAAAAAGGCCAAGAAAACUCAAGACUUUAGGGAUAAGGAUUUCUACAUCCCCUAUACCAAGGAAAACUUGUUUGCUGAGGAUGGAUUCUCCUUGGGUAGCAGCUUCCAAAAAGAGGCAGAGGCUUCCCAGAUGGACUUGGUGCAGGAUGAUGAGUCAUUGCAGAGAAAGACGUCUGCCCUCCAUAAAUGGGACCGUCAGAAGAAAAAAUUUGUUGGCACACAGAUCCAACAGAAGAGGAUUAAAACAGAAUCUGGUGUGUGGAUUGCAGCUUCAUAUAAGACCAAUAGAUACAAGAAGUGGAUUGAGAAAGGAAAGAGGAACAUAGUAGACGAGAACAGUGAUGAAGAGGAGGGAGAGGGAAAUCAAGGAAAGUUAUCCAAUAAAAGUGGAUCGACUUUUAAGGCCAUGAGGCCAAGAUCUUACAACAAAGCUCAUCCUCUGCUAAGAAACCAAAAGGGCCCCAAGAGAGGUUACAAGAGGGAGCUGAAGACCAAGGAUGAGAUGAUAAAAGAGACAAAGAGACUAGAAACUGAACGUCAGAAGCACAUUGAGGGAAGGAUAAAAAAUCUAAUGAAGAGAAAAAAGGCACAAGGAAGUAAGGGCAAAAAACAUAAUAUUAACAAACCAAGAGGUAAAGGCAACAAUCAGCAAAGAGGAAAAAAAAGUAAAGGUCAAAACUAGUUGUUUGCAAUGAGUACUUGUCGUUAUUUGUCAUAUGUUGACUUGUUUUAUGAAGAAAUAUAUCAUGCUCAUUAA